AUGCAGCACAAGCAGCACAUGCACAUGCACAUGCACAUCUCUCACUUCGCAGUCCCUUGCGAUGAUUCUUCGUCCUGCUCCUUUCCUUUGCAGCGAUUUCUUCAAAAAACGCAAUGCCGAACGCUACUUGUCGCCAACACGAAAAACGCCGAGAUCCUCAUCCUGUUUCUGAACUCGAUCAACAACAUGAACAUGUCAGAGAACAAGACGGAAGUGAAGGCCCGCAUCAUGCCGGCCGAAGACGGCAGCAUCAAGGUUGUCUUCUUCUCCGCGCCGACGUCGCCUCCGCUCCUCGGAGCAAAGGCGGCGAGCGGCGCCAAGAACGCACCCGUUGAGGACGUCACUGUGGCCGAGUCCGGCGCAGAGGCGCCCCUCGACGAGAGCAUCCUCAAGCAAGACCCGGCCGCCGAAGAGGCGACCGCCGCGGAGACGGUCGACUCGGACCGGGCCAAGGCCACGUUUGCCGCCCACAAGCCGCGCGCGAACGCCGUUUUCUGGUCCAAGUUUGUGCGCCCGACCGACCCACCGCCGGCCCGCACCGAAGACGCUCCGGCUCUCAAGCCGGUCACCGAAGACGCGCCGGCCCUCGAGCCGGGCGACGCCGACUGGAACGUCUCGACCAAGGAGUUUCCCGUGGAGGAGCCCGCCCCGGCGGGCAUCGACGAGUGGAAGACCCCCUCCCCGCUCCGCAAGAUCGAGCGCAAGGGCGAGUCCAACCUGAUCGACCGCUCCAAGAAGACCACCAAGAACCCCACCCCGAUCGGCCGCGUCGACCCCAACGGAUUCGCGGCGCUGCUCGGAACGGACGUCGACGAGGAAGACCUCGCUGACGGCGGCGCCGGGGAGAAGACCGAGCCGACCUCGACGCGCUCCGGCUUCCGCUUUGGCAAGUUCUGCUCGACAAAGCUGCUGUGCGUCUUCCUCACCGUGGCGGUCGGUCUGGGCUGCUCGGCCUUUGCACUCUCUUCGUACCGCUCUGGCGGCGUCUCCUCCGAGCUCCUCGAGUCGGUGUUCGUGCCGGACGCGGCCGCGAUCCCGGACGAGGAUGCCGCGUUGGCGUGCCGUGAGGCAGGGCUACAGGUGUACGCCUCGAACAGCUCUCUCUACGGCCAGCUCCGCAUGUCGUUUAGCAAGAUGUACCAGGCGUGGCCGCUCGUUGUGUGCGAAGCGCUGGCCCCCGAGGAGGACGCGUCGCUCACGGUUCGCGAGUUGCUCAAGUUCCGUCCGCCGACCCAGGACCAGAUGCAGCAGGCGACGGGAAAGAUACAGCAUUUUGUGGCCAUUUCCCGGCAGAGGAAUCUUUCUUUUGCCAUCCGCAGCGGCGGGCACUCCAACGCGGGUUUGUCCUCGACGGUCGGGCUCAGUACGCUCGAUGUGCGCGGCAUGUCGAUCGUGGAGCCUAAGUUUGAUUCGAUGACUGUGACGGUCGGCGCGGGCGCCACCGCAGGACAAGCCCAGUUCAGCACGGUCAACAUCACCACAAACUCCGACACCUUCGGAGCCGCCCUGCCAGUCGGGCAAAAGCCGUCGGUUGGCAUGACGGGACUGACGCUCGGUGGUGGAUUCGGUUUCCUCACGCGCUACGCAGGACUACUGUGCGACCGGCUCGUCUCUCUCGAUGCCGUGCUGCCGUCAACAGGGGAGAUCGUUCACGCCACUGCCGACAUUCACAAUGAGUACCACGAUCUCUUCUGGGCCUCCUGCGGCGGCGGCGGCGGCAAUUUUGCGGUUGUGACCGAGUUCGAGUUCAACAUGGUGCCCGUCUGUGGCGUUACGUCUGACUCAGACAUCCCGGCCGGGGCCCUCCAAGGGCCCCUUGAGCAGUAUCCAUGCGAUGUGGUGAUGCUGCAUUUGUUCGUGCCGCUCGACCGGCCCGGCCUUCUUAGUUGGUAUCAGGAGUGGAGCAUGAGGAUGGACCCGCGCAUCACGCCUAAUUUUGAGGUGCAAAACAAGACUCACGGCUUGAUUGCCGGGAUCUUCAUCGGAUCAAAGGAGAUGUUUCGCAGGGCGCUCCGUCUAGCAAACCCGACCGACCGUCACUUCAUUCCGGUCACGGUGCAAGAGCUCUUUGACGCCGCCACCGUCAAGACGUUUGCGCAGGCCACAACGGACCUGACAGGAUGGACGCCAAAUGCAUCAACGGAUGUGCUUGUGCAAAGCUUCCUCGACGAACGCUCCUACUUCAAGUACAAAUCGCUCUUUCUGGUGCAGCCGCUCUCGGAGGACGGUCAGGCGAUCCUACGUGAUUACGCUGUGGUCUGCGGCGAGGAGGAGGAAUGUGGAACCGGCACAAACUUCACUGUUGUGUUUGAGUUCCAAGCAAUGGGCGGCGAUCCCUCGGCCCAGCUGCCAGGUGGCAAUGCCGCUGGCCUCUUUGACGACGGCUCGACCUUUACCUACACGUUUGCGCCCAACAACUUUUCGCGCAUCCCCGUUGAGUCCACGGCCUUUCCUCAGCGGAACGCCCUUCACUGCCUGAUGCUCAAGGCCAACUCCGCGACCGAGGAGGGGGGCGACGUUGCCUUUGCGCACAUGGAAAACGUUUACAACAUGCUUCUUCAAACCGAGCAGGUCCAAAACGGAAUACGAACCGAAGGGCGGGAGGGCCAACCCGUAGUCAGUUAUGUGAAUCACAUUGACGCCAAUUUGCCAGAGGCCGAGUUUGCGCAGUUCUACGCCGGAGUCAACUCCCUGAAAAGCGCCUCGGCAUUUUGGACUCCCUCUCCAAGUCUCGCAGAACUCUCGACCGACUUUUGGAUCAACAAGCUGAAGCAGGUCCGCUGCAAGUACAAUCCGGACGGAUUGCUCUACGUAAACCCGCUCCUCGCAGGUCUCGCCGGCGGGCCGUGCACAAAUGAUGUAGUCUCACAGUGCAGCGUUCGCACUGACGGCGAGGAGUGCGCCAUCGGCGGGCUCGGCACCUGCUCGUGCCCCGUGGCGGGCCGCCAGAUGCUCUUCUCCACCCGACCUGUUGACCAAUGCGAGUGCGUCCCGCGGCACAGUGAGCCAUUCCCGUGA